CCACCACCAACAUACUGCUCACUAUCUCUCAUACUCUUUUUCAUUUGGAUAACGUCGUGACUUCCAAACUAUCAUGACUGUUCAGCCAUUAUCAGGAAACUCCAAACCAUUGGUUCUCUUUCGCGCCGAGUGCGAGAGAAACAGCAGCUUCAUAGAAGGCUACGUGUGCGCACGGAGAACGAACUACGAAGGUCCACCAUCACUGCAAGAGUUUGAUGAUCAUCUUUCCUGGAGAAGGGUUCCCACACGAUUUCUAUCUUUCGGCACUUGGAAGCGAGCCCUUCAGCGACGGAAACAGUUGGAAAAUGAAUUGGAAGAGAACAUUGUGGUGAUUGCCGUGUGGGCGGAACAUAUGACACGUGUAUUCAGUGCGAAGGAGGCUGCAACCAGGCUUGCAUAUCGUGAUCCAGAACUGUAUGGCGAGGAAUAUCUUGUUGAAGGCGGCAUUGUGGCUGACGAUUAUCGUGUUCUUGCUGUCUUCGAGGGUGGGGGUCCUGCACGCAAUGUCGUCUUCGCAUGGCCUUUUUAUGAAGCUUCAACAACAAUUCCGAGCGAAUUCUUCCCUGGACUCAGAUCGCACAACGCACUGGAGGAUAUAGCAGAUGAAAUAUAUAGCCGUUUGGGAGUUCGUGACGAUAGGAAGCGAGAUGAGCUUGUGAAAGCAAUCCUGGGAAGUCCUUGGUUCUUUCCGGCCAUUCGGUAUCAGUGACAAGCCAAUAUUCAAGAUGAUUAGAUUGCAUUUCACUUGCAAUCCAUCGCUUCGGAGAAACACUCGGAGUCAGUGGACUUUGGUAAGUUUUGAUAUAGCGAGUUGAUGGUACAAUCAACAAAUCGCC